GAUUAUCAGUUUUGUUAAGACUAAUUGCAGAAUAUGUGAUGAAAGGAAUAUAAUAUUAAUUAAAACCAAUUAAAGCAGAUAGUGUAAUGAAAAAAAAAACUCACUAUCAGAUGAGUGAUUGCACUCAUAAACCUCUGCUUAUGGCGAUUCUACACUUAUCGUAGUAAUGGUGACUCAUUAUCAGUCACAACUAUUUAGGUCUAGUAAACAUUGCAACGAUUAUCUCUGCAUAUUCAAUCUCAUUCGAAGUCAACGCUUAGCAAUGGCUGGUGGUGAUCAGUUGGUAGAGAUACCUCAGGAAAAUUGGAGCGAGCUAAGGAAUCUCUUUCAAUGUGAUUGGCCGAAGCACGAAUUUGCCUAUUAUCUAUUGGGAAACUACGUGAACUGGAAGGCACAUCAAGCAACAUUAGACAUAAAAUGUUACUCGUUAAACGGUAACUGGAGACAUAAUGCAACAUUUGUUUUGAAGGAUGCGUUUGAAAUAUACUUCUAUUCAAAAUCUGAAAAUGAUGAUUGCGCAAUGUUGAUAAGACUCUUGUCUCUAGUUCGAUGGGAUUCAUGCUAUGAAAUUAGUAUGGACUACCUGGAGAGGCAUCACUCAGCGAUUGAGAGAAUUAUUAGUGAUCGAUGUCUAACGGUGGCAAGUAGUAAUUUAGCAAACUACUAUUUUUUGCCCAAGAAGGAAGCCCUUACACUGCAUACGUCUACAAUACCUGAAGGCUACAGGAUUAAUAAGUUGCAACCGAAGGACCUAAAUCACAUCUACGCUAAUUGGCCUCUGAAAAAUCACAUCAGCUAUGAAGCAGGUUAUGGGCUACUGAACCGGUUGAUUCUAUUGAACGAAAAUGUAGGAUUAUUUAAUGAAAAGGACGUGCUUGUGUCGUGGUGUUUAAGUGAUCAAACCGGUGCCCAUUCCGAUCUUCAAACAUUGCCAGCCUAUUGUCGUAAUGGAUAUGGACGGUUGGUUGUAAUAGAGCUGGCAAAACGACUUGCACGAGCGGGAUCAGAUUCCAAAGCGUAUGUCUUACAUGAUAACGAAAAAUCGAUACGAUUGUUUGAGAGUGUAGGGUUUCGAAAGCUACAAAAUCUGCAUUGGCUUGUUGUUCAUGCAAAACGAUAAAUGAUACGUCCUUUGAUGGACUCAAAAAUUGCGCCUAUAACGUCUAACGGUUCGCUUUAUCCAAUAGAGAUUUUAGCUUAGCCAGGCAUGAUAUUAACACGUGUUUUGUUGCGUUUUCUAUUUAAUCAACAUAGAUAUUCUAUAGAAAAUGUAA